AUUAAAAAAUAUAAUAUUUUAGAAUUUUAGUAUUUAGGUAAUGAUAGCAUAGAAUGUAAUAUGAUUUAAAGGGUUAAAAGAAGGAACAGAUGUGCAUUACGUUAGUGAUGUACUGCUGAAUGUUGCCCUUCGCCAAAAAACCUCUGCUUUUUUAAGUUGUAAGUUUUAUUUGUUCUGUUGUUUGGCGAGUAAAGACGUUUAUCAUUAUUAUUACUAUUGAGUACCUUGAGAGCAUCUCGAUCUGGUAAAUGUAAUGCUUCCCCUCUGUAACAUCUACCAUCAUAACUUGUGAAAGUAUGCAAUGUGUUUGAAACAACCAGUUUUGAAUGGGCGGCCUAGUAGGUGAACCAAAUACAUUCACUCGUAUUUGUUGACAAGUCAAUGAUUAAAAAUGAGUUCGCCGUCUCGAUUCGUAUUGGUCCUAGUCAAUCUUUCUCUGCAGUUUAUUCUGGCUAUUGGGAUAAAUAAUGGAAGUUACAACCAUUACAAAGGCUUUGACACAGCAUGGUCUUGGAGUUACGUGAACUACACUUGGCCUUCAGCAGAAGCUUACUGGACUGCAUUGGCAACACUAAGGAAUAAUUUCUUUUUUGUAUCUCAAGAAGAAUGGUUGGGGUCCCUGAUAAGCCUUGUGUAG